AUGUCCUUAUUCCUCCACGCCCGUUCCUCCACCCGGGCAAUCCACAUCUUCCGCACCGUGCCGCCCCUCCGCACCUACCGCAAACAGCUCCUCCUCUCCGACCGCACCGUCGGGCUAGUCCCCACAAUGGGCGCCCUACACGACGGCCACCUGUCGCUGGUGCGGCUCGCCGCCGCCGAAAACACCGACGUCUUCGUCUCCAUCUACGUGAACCCGACGCAAUUCGGCGUGCACGAGGACCUCGACUCGUACCCGAAAACCUGGGAGUCCGACAUGGCGAUGCUGGAGGCGCUGGACGCGGAGCUCGCUCAAGACAAGGAGGCAGGGGAGUGGCGGGAGGGGAAGCAGAGGGGGAGGAUCACGGCUGUGUUCGCGCCGACGACCAAGACGAUGUAUCCGACGCUGCCGCCGAGUUCGGAGAUUGCGGGCGAGGGCAGCUUCGUGACGAUCACGCCGCUGGCGAGUCGGCUGGAGGGCGCGAGCCGGCCUGUGUUUUUCCGCGGGGUUGCGACGGUGUGCAUGAAGCUGUUUAAUAUCGUCACGCCGACGCGCGUGUACUUUGGCCAGAAGGACGUGCAGCAGACUGUUGUGAUCAAGAGGAUGGUGCAGGACUUUCAUGUCGAUACUGAGGUGCGGGUUGGACCGACGAAGCGGGAGGCUGAUGGGCUGGCGAUGAGUUCGAGGAAUGUGUAUUUGGGGGAGCGCAGGAAGAGGGUUGGUGUGGUGUUAUCGCGGGCGCUGAUGGCGGCGGAGGAGCAGUAUAAGAAGGGAAAGAGGGGUAGAGGGGAUAUCCUUUGGCAAGCGGAUGACGUGGUAGAUCAGAAGAAGCUGGAGCAGGAUGAUCUACCGCCGGCGAAGCGAGCGCUGUUUGAGGUCGAUUACAUUUCCCUCGCGGAUCCUGACACACUGGAAGAGGUGGAGGAGGUGGACGAAAAGAGGGGCGCCAUACUCAGCGGAGCGAUCAAGAUGAAGCCGCUUGAGGAACUACAGGAGGGUGAGGAUUGCGGACUCGGUGGCGGCGCGGUACCGGUCAGGUUGAUUGACAACAUCGUUUUAAAGCCAAAGUCAUAA